AUGAGGUUGUGUCGGCAUUCUUGGGAUUUACUACGACGUAUUGCAGGGUCUGUUCAAGGGCCAUGGAUUGUAGGUGGGGAUUUCAAUGAAAUUCUUGAGGCUCAUGAGUACUUUGGUCGCCAUUUCCGACCCAUGUCACAAAUGAGGGCCUUUCGGGAAGCUCUGGAGGAGUGUGGUUUGACAACUAUUCGGUUUCAGGGAAUCUUUCCUGAGGUCGCAACGCAUCAUCUGAACUAUAUGGUGUCAGACCAUCUUCCUUUGCUGUUAUAUUUGAGACCCAGUACUUGGUCGCGAAAGCAUAAGCGGUUCUUGUUCGAGGAAUUGUGGACUACUGUUGAGGGUUGCCAAGAUGUCAUUUCGCAUGCUUGGGAGUCUGAGAUGGGAACUAUCGUAGAGAAAUUGAAGGCAUGUCAGGGGUCCUUGCGGAGGUGGAAUAAGGACCAUGUAGGCCGAAUACCCACCAAGCUCAGAAGUCUACAGAGGAAGUUAGAUGACACCCAGAGAAGAAGUUUUUCUCCAGUAGCUGAGUUUCAACAUAGGGAAAUUUGUAAGGAAAUGGAUGUGUUACUGGAAAGAGAAGAAAUGUUAUGGAGGCAGAGAUCGCGAGUCUCAUGGAUGAAAUAUGGGGACAAAAACACAAGGUUUUUCCAUGAACAUGCAAAAAUGAGGGGUCGGCGGAACUUAAUUCAGACUAUUGUAGAUGAUCAGGGGGUUUGGCAUACAUCUACUGAGAGCAUUGGUAGUGCCUUUUGUGAUUAUUUUCAGGGUUUGUUUGCUUCUAAUGGGCUUCAGGAGGCAGGGGCAGCCACUGAGGUGGUCAAGCCGCUACUCACUCCAUCUCAAAAUUUGCGUCUCAAUCAAGUUUUCUCAAGAGAGGAGAUCGAAACUUCUUUGGGUAAAAUGUUUCCUACCAAGUCCCCAGGAGUGGAUGGUAUGUUGGCACUGUUUUAUCAUAAGUAUUGGGGGGUGGUAGGCAAUGAUGUGGUAGGGUUUUGUCUUAAUGUCUUGAAUGGGGGUGCUAGUGUGAAAGAAAUAAAUCACACACUUUUGACGCUCAUUCCCAAGGUAGAAAACCCAGUAAAAGUUACGGAGUUUCGGCCAAUUAGUUUUGUGUACGGUGAUCUACAAGAUGAUUUCUAA